CCGAAUGUGACUUGAUUGAGCUGCGCGACACAUAUGAGCGAGUUUGACCUAGAUGAAGAAGCGGAUCCAAUAAAGGAAACUCACAUCCAAACCCGAAACGCCAAAGACGCUUUGCCAUCCCUCGCCCUCGCCAAAGGUCAUGGCGAUGUCCAGAGUGUCCGUCUUGGGCUCGAGCGUGUAGUUAAGAACGAGCGGCACGACCGAGUUGGGAAUGGCCAAGUGCAAGGUACCGAAAAAGCCCCAGAGGGUGUCCAAGUCGCCGCCCUUGCCGGGCACAACGUUGAGCAUGACUCCGGCGUUCCGGAACAUGAGAAAAUCUCCAAAGCCACGGUUGAUGCCGUCGAUACUGCCCUUAAAGGUGAAACCGGUGGCGAUGAGCUCGUCGGUCCAGUCUUGCUGGAUGCCUAGAUGCGCCGAGAGGUGCAGCCCGGGCUUGUCUUGUGAAAAGACGUCACGGAGGGUGUCGUGGAUGGGCUGCAGGAUGCCGCGGAACUCGACGUCCGUCUCGAGCCAAAGCCCAGCCUUUUUGAGAGCGGAUGCGUCACGACCGAGCCAGGUCAUAGCAGUGUUCUUCAGCGUGAUCGCGUCAAACUCGGUGCCGCUCAGGCUGGGAAACACGGAGCCGAGUGACAUGUCUUCUUCCCACUUGAACUCCUUGAAGAGCUCCAGCGGGGCGCUAGGCUUCGCCUCUGGGCAAGGGCCAAUGGGGUCAGAGAGGUAUUGGGAGGUAGGGAGAAGCUAUGGACAGUGGUUCGACGCACCAACCUUGAGUUUCUCGAUGGGAACAUCGACCCAGUAUUCGACGAGCUGGCCGUUUUCGAACUUGAUCCGCUUCUGCUGUGUGAACCCGGGGGGUUGGAGAGGGGCCAAGGACCCCUCCGUGUUGGUGUCAACAGGGCUGCCAUCCAUUGCGAUGUCGGUUGUGGGGAUGCCAGGGUCGUCUUGGGUCUGAAAGUGAUUAUCUCGCCCUCAACCACAUUACUCCUCAUCUCAUCUCCCGUUCUCCAUUCGGAUCUCAUUUCCUGCGUAUCAUGGUUGACGC